AUUAACUAGAAUCGCAAUACGUCUAAAACCUGACGAUGUGAUAAUCCACUUGACGAUAAAAAUCAUAUAAUGGUCCAUUGUAUUAUAUUUCAAAUCACUAUAAAAUGCCUAAGGAACCAAAUUGAUCUCCACUUUACACGCAGGAUCAAAACAUGGUUCAUAAAGCACUAUUAGCCUGCUCACUUCUUGUAGCAACUGCAAACUGCAGCAACACCACCCUUGGUUGGGGGGACGAUUCUGAUAAUCCUAAUUUGACAAUUUGUCCAUACCCAUGGGAAAUCAAUGAGUGCUACGACAUGGAAAGCGAAAUAGUGCUUUAUGAGCCAGGGAAGUUUCUCAGGAGAGCUUUGCAUGAGGUCACCUUUCCACCAUAUGGCGGACUAUACCGAAGUCAAAUCCUCUGUAUACUUGCAACUGAUCUUUCUGGAGGAAAGAGUGUCGGCAGAAUCUCAGUAGCGCAAGGAGGUUUGUUCCAACCAUAUGUAAAACUAAAGUUUGUAUCCGCUAGAGGAAAAAGUAUGCACUACAGAGUCCGAGUAUACACGUCUCCAUGGUAACUGGCAUUUACGUCGUCAAGAGAAGUACCUGCAACACUCUUAACAUGAGUGUGCUUGGUUGAUCGCAUGACAUUUGUACCUACCCAACUAAAAGUAAUACUGGUGGAUACACUACCUAUACAGGGUGUUUCAGAACUAUGGGGUCAAACUUGUAGGGGUUAUUCAGUGUAACAGUAGAAAACAUUCGAGUAUAGGGACCCAUAUCCGGAAAAGUGUCACUACGGCACUACAGCCUUAAGACGCUUUAAAAUUUAGAAAGACGAUGAAUUGCCUAAAUAGGACUUAAUGCAUUUAAUUUUUGAAUGUUGUACAUCAUCACAACAAUUGUUCAAAAUGUCUUCCUCCAACCUGAAUACACCGUACCUGUGGGGACAAGUAAAGUCUUUGGUUUACGAAACUCCAGUAGAAACAGACCAAGACUUAAUUGGACCAAUUACAGUAGCGUUUGAAACGAGUAUCAAAUUUUCAGUCAAGUUCGCCGAAAUCAUGUGCGACGUUUAAAUGGACGUGUUCAGGUUUGAUGAUAUCAUGUACAAAAGGCAAAAAUUAAAUGCAUUAAAUCCUAUUUAGGCAACUCAUCGACUUUCUAAAUUUUAAAACGUCUUAGGGCCGUAGUGUCGUAGUGACACUUUUCCGGAUAUGGGUUCCUAUACUCGAAUGUUUUCUACUGUUACACAGAAUGACCCCUAGAAGUUUGAUUCCUUAGUUCUGAAGCAUCCUGUAGAUGAAACAAGACAUGUGUUAUGAGUACUAAAUAUAUGCGAACAAUCAAUCA